GGAAAGAUGGCGGCCGGUUCAGGGGCUGCAAGCGGGCACGGAGCCCGCGGCUCCAACGCUGGUCUGGAAGCGUCUUUGGACCGACGGUUUCAAGGAGUAUCCAACACUAUGGAGUCAAUACAGGGACUUUCAAGCUGGUGCAUUGAAAACAAAAAGCACCACAGCCUUAUCGUUCGCCACUGGAUGAAGUGGCUCAAGAAAUCUGACAACAAUCAUCGCUUGAAUCUCUUCUACCUUGCCAACGAUGUGAUACAGAACUGCAAGAGAAAGAACGCUAUUGUCUUUCGUUCAGCUUUCGCAGAAGUCCUACCUAAUGCUGCCCAAUUCAUCAGCAGAGAUGGGAAGGUCCGCAAGUCAGUGGAAAGGAUUUUUAAGAUUUGGGAGGAGAGGAGCGUGUAUCCAGAGGAGGUCAUCGCCCAGUUCAAAGCCGGCAUGAACAAGAAGGAGAGGGAGCGAGAGAAGCAGAAGGAAAAAGAAAAAGAAAAGGAGAAGGAAAAGGAGAAAGAAAAGGAAAAGGAGAAAGAAAAGGAAAAACAAAAGGAGACUCCACCAGCAGCUGUUCCAGCCAACACCAAAGCUGCCCUCAAGUCCAAGAUCGUGGCAGAGUUCACACCCCACUCCCUCCUCGAGCAGUUGUCGAGGUACAGGCGAGCAGUGGCAGAAGAGGAGUUCAGGGAGAAGCAGCUGGCAGCUCUCAGGGUGGACGUCUGCAGCACCGAGGCCCUGAAGAGACUUAAAGACAAGGCAGGAGGGAACAAGUUCGCAAAGGACUUUGAGGACGGCAGUCUGAAGCUGCAGGAGUUUGUCGGCUUCAUGGAGAAAGAGUUGAAAACGGGGCCUCCUCUGCUGGAAGCUUUGGGAAACGCAGACAUUUUCUAUGAGAUGCAGUACAAGGAGGUUAAGAUUGUGGCCAAUGCGUACAAUGCCUUUGCCAACCGUGUGGCCAGUCUUAAAAGGAAACUGGAUUCCCUCAAGUCAAACCUACCGGGACCUGACGACUCUCCCAUCCCCUCGCCCUCUGAAGACGCCCCCUCUCCCACUGGCUCUGACUCCCCCUUCCUGGGACUGGGGUCGAGCAGAGCGCAGGUGGAUCCAGAGCUGGAUGGCAAGGCCAUGGAUGACGGAGAAAUCCCCAACGACAACAGGGACAUGGAGGACAUGGACAUGUCUGAUGAAGAGGCUGCCAUUGCGAAAGCAGGGGCAGAUGACAAGAAGGACAAGGCGUCCUCUACUGCUGCCAAGUCAGAUGCAGCAUCAAAGCUUCCCACCACGCCCACCAAGAAGAACAACGCUACUGCAGCUGCCCCGGCGACCCCGGUGACUCCCACCUCUGCUCCUGCUGCUCAGAGUGCACCAACAAACCCACUGGGAGUCAACCUGGAGAAGGUGGACUUGGGGAAGAUCAGCUCCAUUCUCAGCUCGCUCACAUCUGCCAUGAAGAAUACAGCAAGCCCAUCACCUCGGCCUUCUCCAGGAACUCCCACCACUCCUUCUGGCCAAGCAGCAGCCUCCAAAGCGACUUCUUCGAGCCCUCACUUGGCCAGCAUCCUGUCACGUGUUGACAUCACACCUGAAGGCAUACUCAAUGCUCUGUCAAAAACAAACACACCAGCUUUGUCCUCCCUCCUGCAAAGUGUGACAAACACUGCCUCCGCUCCUCCCACCCGAACAUCCCCAGAAUCAUCAGCAGUUAAAAAUCUUCUCAGUCCAACCACCCCCAAAACAAAACCCACUCUGGGGAUCAGCGUCAAACGAGACACGCCUGGAAGAGCUAGAGAUUGGGAGAAAGACAGACAGCUGUCCCCUCCUCCUCCUCCACCCCCUCCUCGUCCCUCCGCUCCGUCUGUCUCUCCCCCCAGCCUAGAAUCAAAAAUCAACAGUUUCCUGCAGGGUAAUCCGGGUUUCAGUCUUGCUCUAGGUGACGUCAGUCCCGAUGGGGUGGAUGGGACCCCAGUGAGAGACGAGGCUGCUGGCACCCCCACCCAGGACGAGAUCAUGGACACACCUGGGAGUGUGCCCGAAUCUUUAGGGUCAUCUGGAGGUCCGAACCUCUCACCCACAGCCUACCGCAGUGAGCCCUGGGACGCUGUGAUCACCCCGUCAGGAAGCAACAGCAAUGGGGACUUUGUGGGCUCGUCGUCCGCUUCCCGGUACGGAGCCGGGAAAAAGAGCGGCUUAAAAUCAAAGGACGAUGAAGGGAGGAAGCAGGUCCCCUCUUCUCCCAGUAAUGACAUAAAGGGUAAGAAAGAUGGACAACACGGCCAGUCAAGGAUGAUGGGUAACAACAGAGCGAUUGGAGAAAGGAGACUCUCUGCAGGCUCUCGUAAGGCGAGCACCGGCUCAGAUGACGGAGGUCUGAGUGCAAAAAGAGACGGCAAAAGUCAAGAGUCUCCAGCUCGGGAUGAGAAGGAGGGCCAGUACCAUCGUAUUGAGACACUAGUGUCGCCCUGCACUGAAGGGGCACCCAUCCAAACUUUAGGCUACUCGAACCGCCCGGCCGCUGGCGAGCGCAUCAAGACGGUAGAGAGCAUCCGCGUGAUUGGCCGAGGCUCUCGGCGAGGGGGAGGGGCCGGCGGUCGGCCUGGGGCAUCGAUGUGGUACGAAGAGGAGGAGUACAUGGAAGCUCAGCCUCCCUCACCCUCUGCCCCCCCUCCUCUUAACAUUGGCCCCGAGGACAUGAACCCCUCCAUGCCUCCUCCUCCACCACAUCUCCUCCUCGCACAUCUCCCCCCUCCUCUGUCCCAUCCUCACGCACAUCCUCCGUUCCAAAUGCCCUACCACACGGACAACCUCCAGACUCCUCCUCCAUCACUCCUCCAGCAGCAUCUUCCUCCUUCAUCACAUUUCUUCGGCCCACCUCCACCAAUCCCUCGACCCCCUCCGCCUCCCAUACCGCAUCGCCUUUCCCCUCCACCGAACCAGCAUGCUGUGCCCUCUGCAGUCAUGGUGGGGGGAGUGUUGGUCCCUAUUGACCGCCCCCUGUCUCUUCCCCCCUCAGUCAGAUCUGAAGGUGUAGAUCGAGCCGGUGUAGGGCCCAGAGGAGGCAAAAUGGCCCCUCCACCCCUGAUGGCAUCAUUGUUAGGCGAGCCCCCUAAGAUGCCUCGUCCUGGCACGGUUAAAGAGCCGUUUAUCCCUCGACACGCACCCCCUCUCCUCCGCCCAGGUACUCCUGGUGUUCCUCUACCCUUAUUGGGCAGAGUGAAGGAGCCUCUUAAUCUACCUCUUCCGCCCCCCUCUCCCACCUCCUCCACUCCCUCUCCCUCCACGCCGAAUUCCCCUGCAGUCGACACUCUCCCCGCUCGGCUCCCUUCUCAGUCAGCUGCCCCUCCUCUCCAGAAGCCCCCCACUAGUCCUCCAGCUCAGUCCCGCAACCAAACCUCUAACCCCGUUCCCCUCCUCAACUUGCCCAGCACUCGACCCCCGAUCCUCUCGGCUCCCAUCCCACAGAGACCUCUGCUGCGAGGCCGAAACCCCUCUCAGCAGUUUAACCAGGAUCACCACAGGGGGGGAUACCGUGGGGGCAAGCGGCGCGGUCCUCCAUUCACAGGUGGUCCCUUCCAUUCGCAGAAGAGACCCUACCCGCCCCCACGCUACUGAAGUGGUCAUCUAACACAUGCUGAAUGAGAAGUGCAAGCGCCCUGUGCUGAAGUGCAGAGUGUGUGUUAGCCCUGCUGGUAUGAGCCCAGAUAUCUUUACUCUGUUAAUUAGCUUGAAUUAAAACUACCUUUGGUUGUGUGUAAAUAGCUGAUUAAAUCUUAAUGCUUCAGCUAGGUAGCCAGCCAGCCAUCUUACACUGUACAGUGCAGCUACGAGGUUAUCACUUACAUAGUGCAGAGUGUUGUGUAACAACCCUCAAUCUAUCCCUUUUUUUCCACUUCACCAUACACACAGCAGAUAAAAGUUUCAUUAGGUCUGGUGUGAUAACCUUAGGAGGAAAACACAGAAAGUUCAAGUAUAAAUGAAACAAUACUUUUUUUUUUUUUUAGAGUUUGCCUACCUGUGUGAUUGUGGGUUACUUUACCUGAGAGAGAGCAGAAGAGUAAACGAGAGGUUUGAGUCUUAUAGAAGACAGACGAAAAGAACUAAAAGCAAUAAUUUGACAUUUUUGGAAAUUUUUAUGGAGUGUAUUGUGAGAAUAAACCACUCUUAAAUAUGUGAGCUUAACUUUAACAUAAAGACUAAACUGAAGAACAGCCACCCUGGAUGUUUGAAGUUAAAAACUAUUUCCCCCACUAACACCUCCUAAAUCACACUUAUUAACAUAUUAUGUUGUUUAAUCUGUACAAAAGCAAGUGUAAAAAUAACUAUGUUUUCAGUGAUUAUAGACUUCACUGAGUCUCUGCUUGCAUGUCCUGCUGCAUCUGGUCAUUAUUUUGCAGUUUGCAAGCCAGGAUGUUUUUUUUGGCUAUUCUGACCCACAAUCCUCUGCACAGCAAGAGAGUCAAAGUUCAAGGUGGAAUUUGACAAAGAAGUAUGUCCCAGUUGUUUGCAUACUGCACGCAACAGUACUUUGUAAGCAGCUAGCAGUCUGUCUGUGUUUUCAGUCUCUAUGCUAUGCUAAGCUAAUGGCCUCGCGUCCCCAGCUUUAUACUUAACAGACCGAUAUGUCAUAUAUCUCUGCAGGAAAGCUAGUAACCAUAUUUCCCAAAAUGUCAAAUUAUUCUUUUAAUGUUGAAUGAAAAUGGGAUCCAAAAACAACCUCUUCUUCCAUUAGUGUAUGUGCGUGUGUGUGUGUGUGUGUGUGCGUGUGUGUGUAACAUGGAAGUUUCUCAUUUGAAUGAGAUUUUGCUGUGGAGGUUAACACUUGUCUCUAUCUCCAGAGUACCUGUUGUAAAUAAUAUUCUUCUCUUGCUCAACCUUUUCCACCCUCCCCUCUCCCCCACUGUAUAUUUCUAAGCUUGUAAAUAUAAAACACUGAGAUGACACAGCUUUUUUUUUUCCUCUUCAAGCUCUUUUUUUCUGUUAAUGAGGACACUGAUGGUCACUCUUGCAUCCCGUCUUUACUGUGAUCGAGGCCUUUGGAUAAGCUUUAGCUCCAGAAGAUUUUCUCUUCAGUAUCUGUCGCACCUUUCUGUCCUCCCUCUGAAACCAGCACGCAGAAGAGGAGGGUGAAGAUAAUUAUGUAUUUUUAUUUCCAACAUAAA